AUGAAGAUUCAUGAGGGCUUCAAUUCGGCGUAUCAGGAUCAUCAGCUACGCAACGCCCGAAAGUUAAUAUCAAGGACAACAGUAUCGACGGCUACUCUCACUAAUCCAGAGGACACAUUGGUGCAAAGAUACGUCGGUGAAAAACAGGAACCACGCGCUCAUUCACGUUCUACCGAGCUUAUAGAAGCAAAGACAGCGAAACUUACGGAUGCGUGCAUUGUCUCAAGGAACGAAGAAGACGGGGAGAGCGAGUGGGAGGAGGAGGAUUCAUCAAAGUACGUAGUAGGAAACGAGUUCUUGUCCGACCCUUGUAGAAUUGAUCAUGAAUGUACUCCUGGCAAAUAUACUGAAGAAAGAGGCAACCGACAUGUAUACAAGGAGAUGCAGAACAUUAGGCGCGAUCCUACGUGUGCUGGGAAGAAACCGGUUAAAGUCUAUCUCGAUAUGUUGGCAGAACCGUUUGAUGCUGACAAUGAAGAAAUGGAAGAUUCCAUAAGGGCUUCAAUUCGGCGCUCAGGAUAUCAGGCUCGCAGACGAGUCAUAUCAAGAAGCAUUGGUGUGUGGACAAACAGGUCAGUAACAAUGGAUGAAGUCCCUUGGGAAUUUCGUACUCUACGCGACGGCUCCAUUUUCCUCCAUCAUCAUGCGCCUGGACUUCACAUCUAUUUCUCCGUUGCAACAAUUCAGGUUAGACAAAUAGAUCAUCAUUCUGUUUUUUGUGAAUUCAUAUCCAUUUUAGAAGGC